UCCCGGUGGUACACAAGUAUAAAUAGAAGGCCGGUGGCGCCUCCCUGGUUAGUAUCGGGGUGACCUGACCAUGUGGACUGCUGUGGCGAGUGUUGUGCUGAUCCUGGGAGUGGUCAGCGCUGCUGAUGUUGAAACUAACAGCAUCGAUGGAUUCCAAGAUUCUAAAGACUGGUCGAGCUCGUCAACUGUCAUGGCCAAGUGUACGUACGUGAAUUGCAAUGCGUUUUGCAGAAGUAUCGGCUACAUCACAGGUCACUGUAUAGGCGACAGUUGCAUUUGCACCAUGCCGAGAGAAGAAAAUGGAAAUUAUACUAUAGUCCAAGCAUCCCUAAUCCUGAACAGCUGUGACCAAAUAAAAUGCAACCAAAUCUGCCAGCUGUUGGGAUUCAAAAGAGGCAUAUGCAGUGGAGACACGUGUGAAUGCACGCAAAUUGAAGAAACCGAAGAUACAUUGGAGCUAUGCAACAUCAAUCUGUGUGAACAACUCUGUCUUCCCGGGAGGUUCUUGCUUUGGGGACAAGUGCAAAUGCGAUAUAAUUCUGGAAAUCCAGGCAUAGACUCCACAGUUGAUACUAGUACACAAAGCCUGAGUGAUUGCCAACCACUGGUGUGUGAACAACUUUGCCGGCGUAUAAAACGCCAAGGAGGCGUGUGCGUCAACGGACACUGCAAAUGUGACAUCUUCAGUCAAUUGCAAAGCCUCCUCAAGUUCUCUGGUCAGCAGAGCUCGAAAACCCGUAGCAUGGAUUGCAUCGAUAGCCAGUGCUCGAGUGCAUGUCGUCGCAUGCACUACGACGACGGCUCAUGCAUCGGCGGCAACUGCGAGUGCCAUGCCUUGUUCCCUAUAGAAGGUUCAUCAGUACCAGUCCCUUUGGACGACAACAGCUGCCACCGACGACAGUGCAGAAACUUCUGCCUCUCAGCAGGCUUUAACGGCAGCAACUGCGAAGGAAUCAAGUGCCGGUGCGGUAUAAAGCUUCACAGGAAACGUAAGAUAAGACUCCCGCGGAUGUCCUACGAGAUAAAGAAAAUUGAGACGAAUACUCUAGUCUAGGAAGACCAAUUUUGUAUAAGUAUCAAGAUAUAACCUACCGUAUUAUUGCUAGGGGCUAAAACCAGUUUGGUAAGGGUUUCUUAGAAACAGCAAACGUUUAUCGGAAGUUUGUAAAUUAAUAAAGAAGCUUUCUGGAA